CAAGGCGGAACUUCCGGGCCGGCUGGAUCCCUUUCCUCGGACAUGACGACAGAGUGUCAACAUGCAAGAUGGCGGCGCAUCACCGACAGAACACGGCGGGGCGGCGGAAAGUGCAGGUCUCCUAUGUAAUUAGAGAUGAAGUGGAGAAGUACAAUCGGAACGGCGUAAAUGCACUGCAGCUGGACCCAGCAUUGAACAGACUCUUCACAGCAGGCCGCGACUCCAUCAUCAGGAUAUGGAGUGUCAACCAGCACAAGCAAGACCCUUAUAUAGCAUCUAUGGAACAUCAUACAGACUGGGUGAAUGAUAUUGUACUCUGUUGCAAUGGCAAGACUUUAAUAUCUGCUUCUUCCGAUACUACUGUUAAAGUAUGGAAUGCACACAAGGGAUUUUGCAUGUCCACACUAAGGACACAUAAGGAUUAUGUGAAAGCCUUGGCGUAUGCAAAAGAUAAGGAACUGGUUGCGUCCGCUGGGCUGGACAGACAGAUAUUCCUCUGGGAUGUAAAUACAUUAACAGCACUGACUGCCUCAAAUAACACUGUCACAACUUCGUCUCUCAGUGGGAACAAAGAUUCUAUCUACAGCCUUGCCAUGAAUCAGAUGGGAACAGUAAUCGUAUCAGGGUCCACUGAAAAGGUUUUAAGGGUUUGGGAUCCCAGAACCUGUGCAAAGCUUAUGAAACUUAAAGGGCACACAGACAACGUUAAAGCUUUGCUGUUGAAUCGAGACGGCACACAGUGUCUUUCCGGCAGUUCUGACGGGACCAUCAGACUCUGGUCUCUCGGUCAGCAGAGGUGCAUAGCUACUUACAGAGUCCAUGAUGAAGGAGUGUGGGCCCUGCAGGUCAACGAAGCCUUCACUCACGUUUAUUCCGGUGGGAGAGACAGAAAGAUAUAUUGCACGGAUCUGCGGAAUCCUGACAUCCGGGUGCUGAUCUGUGAAGAAAAGGCACCAGUUCUUAAGAUGGAACUCGAUCGAUCAGCAGAUCCUCCUCCAGCACUUUGGGUUGCCACGACUAAAUCAUCUGUGAACAAAUGGACUUUGAAGGGAAUCCACAACUUUAGGGCUUCGGGGGACUACGACAACGACUGCACUAAUCCAAUUACCCCCCUUUGCACACAGCCUGACCAAGUUAUUAAAGGGGGUGCUAGUAUUAUCCAGUGCCACAUUCUCAACGACAAGAGACACAUAUUAACCAAAGAUACAAAUAACAACGUGGCAUACUGGGAUGUGUUAAAGGCGUGCAAAGUAGAAGACCUUGGGAAAGUGGACUUCGAAGAAGAGAUUAAGAAAAGGUUCAAAAUGGUGUACGUGCCAAACUGGUUUUCUGUAGACCUAAAAACUGGGAUGUUGACAAUUACUUUAGAUGAGAGCGACUGCUUUGCAGCCUGGGUCUCAGCGAAGGACGCCGGGUUUAGCAGUCCAGAUGGAUCAGAUCCGAAAUUGAACCUCGGAGGGCUUUUGCUGCAGGCGCUCUUAGAAUAUUGGCCCAGAACACACAUCAAUCCAAUGGACGAAGAAGAGAACGAAAUGAACCACGUGAAUGGCGAGCAGGAGAACAGAGUGCAGAAAGGAAACGGAUACUUCCAAGUGCCACCACACACCCCUGUGAUCUUUGGUGAAGCUGGAGGACGCACUUUGUUCAGGUUAUUAUGUCGGGACUCUGGCGGUGAAACUGAAUCCAUGCUCCUUAAUGAAACUGUGCCACAAUGGGUAAUUGAUAUCACUGUGGAUAAAAAUAUGCCAAAAUUCAAUAAGAUUCCCUUCUACCUCCAACCUCAUUCAUCCUCCGGGGCAAAAACAUUGAAGAAGGAUCGGCUGUCAGCCAGCGACAUGCUGCAAGUCAGGAAGGUGAUGGAGCAUGUCUAUGAGAAAAUCAUAAACCUGGACAAUGAGUCGCAGACCACCAGCUCUUCCAACAACGAGAAAGCCGGAGAGCAAGAGAAGGAGGAGGACGUUGCCGUUUUAGCAGAAGAGAAAAUUGAACUCUUGUGCCAGGACCAGGUUUUGGAUCCAAACAUGGACCUUCGGACCGUCAAGCACUUCAUAUGGAAGAGCGGCGGCGACUUGACCCUCCACUACCGCCAGAAGUCCACGUGAGAGCUGAGCAAGGGGCCCAACCGGUGGCGAAACCUCCUCGACCUUCCCGUUCCGGUUCCAGCUGUAGCGCUCUAGAAGCCCACUGAAACCCCCCUAAGGUAGAGCUGACACUUCUAACUGCCUCAGUGCGGACAGAGUCUACGUUGAACUGAAGUGACUAAUAAAUCUGUAAUAUAGACGAAAUCUCUAUGACCUAAACUAAAAGUCCUGUCCUUAUCAAGGUUCCAAGUGAGAGUGUCAUGCGAAGUGGUUCGUGUUAUGAGGUGUACAGAGACCAGGUGAUGGAUCCAGUGCAGAAUGUUUGCUUCCGUGGGGCUGUUGACUUCCGUUUCUUAUUUCCGGGAUCCAUACUUUUCGUCUGCUCAAGCUUGAUGUGGGAAAAAAAAACAAAAACCCACACGCUUUCCCUCAGCCCUGCUGCUCAUUUGUUCACAAUGUAAAGCCACUGCAUGCGCUGGAACCUCAUCCAUACAUUCCAUGUAUCCCGAACAUCCUUCUCAUCGAAGCAAGUUUGACCCCCCCCCCCCUUCCUCUAGGUCUGUUGUACAGCGGAGCGGGGCAGCCUUCAUCAGACAAGCUGAAGGUUUCACCGAUGCCCUUUAGCCUUGUUGAUACUGUGAGCUCGUAAGAAACCGUCUGGUAUUCAUAGUUUAACAAAGUAGUUGGUGUGGUAACAGGGUCAGUACAAUGGUGCAGUGCAUCAUGAUGGAAUAUUUCAACACCUUUCGCUAGAUUUUUUUUUUUUAAGUAAAUGUAGCUUUGGUAUUGUCCUUUUUUCCCCCUCGAAGGUGAUUUUGCUAGUCCCAGUUCCAAGUGGUUGUACUCCGUAUUUCUGACAACUUGGCAACAAUCUCUAGGAACUUUGCAGUAAAUACUCGUAGUUGCGAUAGCAAAACAAUUUGCAGGUUUUUCUCCCCUCCCACUUUUUUUAUUUGCGCUUUUUUGGGGGGGGGGGGUUAUUUUUUGUCAUUGUUUAGCUUUUCUUUUCCACUGUUUCUAAGACAUUUUACAACUUUUUUUCAUGCACUCAGUAUAGAGAAUUUAAGUUGUUUUGGAAGCUGGGGAAAGGGAUAUUUCAACCCUUGGGCAAGAAACCAUCAAUUGCAACAGGAAAACGAAAGGUUUGACUAGAACACAAGUAAUUAUCCUGAUAUGAUAAUUCUAGGAAAUGGUCCUUUAUCUGAAACAGAAGCACAAGUGCCUUUUGGGGGCAAUAUAGGAAAGGUAUCCACCUACCCCCAAGGUUAGCAUUCUUCCCUUUCUUAUAUAGCAGCACCUAGGAUACAAGCGACAGUCUGAAGUACAUCUUAAUUCUUGUAGUUAUGGGGCAAACUUGAAGGAUAAAAAAGGCCCUGAUUUCAAACGCUAGGUUUGCGAACAGGAUGUGCCCUGUUAUUUAUGAAACUGAGCACUGGGUGGAUGGGGUGGCGUGAUUACUUGCCCGGACCUUUGCCCUGCCCUAGAAGUGCCAGCCUGAGAGGUAGUCCAGAAAUGAAAGCCACCCUAACCCAAGAGAAAAACACAUAUCCAAAGGUUUAUCGAAGAUGGGAUCAUUUUUAAUAGCAGAUGCCUUUUAACCUUUUCUGCUUUAUCAUUUAAAGAUGCUUUGUUGUUUUUUUCCUGAGAACCAGUUCUUCCCCCCCCCCCCCCAAACUGAGCAACUGCAGCCGCCUGCCCUCUUCACUUGUGUUUCCAGAGAAUAUUAACAUCAGCUGCCAUGUGGCAAAGACACAGCAUGAAUUUGCCCUCCAUCGCUAACAGCGAUGCUCAAAGUCUGGUAUUGGAAGGGGGCUGGUAUGCACCUAUUCCACCUUGAACCUAAUUCCACUUGCGAAUCCUGUUUGUGUGUACAAUGAUCUCGUUUGCCACACUUAUGCUAUUCACACUUUCAACGAAGUCUGUGAAUUCAUUGGCUUAACCCAGCUGUACAUUUUUCUCAGUUGUCUUUAUUAAUAGAGGGGGAGUGGAAGUUUGUGCUUUGUUCUUAUACCAGUUCUGGUUUUCUUGCUCUCCUUACAUAUCCAUUGAAAGUGAUUCUCCCGCUUUUCCUCCCUUCCCCCCAGACCACCCCCCCUUUGGUUUUAAAAAUCAGCCGAAGGUUCUAGACUUGUUUCUACAAUCCCAGUUGUGUAGUUUCUGGAAAGGUUGACAAAGGAUCUGUAAUGCCAAAAGGAUGAAUACGUAUUUCACAGUUGUAUAGAAUAAUAAUUAAAAAAAAACUCUUUAGCUAA